GUCGCGAAAGGAGUGUCGCGCUGCCGAUUCUCUAAACUUGUUGAAUAACAACAACAGCUGCUCUUACGAUGGCUAAAUAUAAAAAAUAUGGUUUUCGGACAUGAAAGGUUAGCAUUCAAACGUCGUCGGCGGGGAAUAUAUGUAUCAGAGAUGGCCUGGGAUCAUGUGCACUGCAGUUGCUUCAGAAGCUUAAACAUUGUUUCAUCAGAAGUGCCAGGACUGAUUGGAAAUUGAGACACUAUAAACUCAGAAAUUUAAAUUUCCUACCAUGUCUUGUUUACACUCAGUAACAUUAUAAAGUGUUAACUCGAUGGCUCUUUCACAUUAUUCCUGGCAUAAAUGCUUAUUUUUCAUGUGCCCAUGAAGGCACUGUUUCAGCGUAGGCUUCUGAAACUGAGGCUCUGUAGAGUCCAGGUUAUAUUUAGGUAGUCUUGUUACACUCUUUGAAUUCGUACGCACCUGCAGGAUCACGGUCAAGAUGGAGUCCUACCUCUUCCCAUUCGACGGCUUGAUCUGUAUGCUCCUGGGCAUCUCCUUUACGCUUUGGUUUACUCUUCUGUUAGUCUUCAUCAUCGUUCCAGCCAUCCUAGGGGUUUCCUUCGGGAUCCGAAGACUCUAUAUGAAGUCACUACUGAAGCUUUUUGAGUGGGCGACCUUAAGGAUGGAGAGAGGAGCGAAAGAGAAGAAUCAGCAUCUCUACAAACCCAACAGCAAUGGCAUCAUCGCUAAAGAGCCAGUGUCCCUCGAGCAGGAGAUUCAGGAAAUCAGGCGCGGUGGUGGAGGCCCAGAGCCCGAGUUUGACAUGUCUGACAUCUUCUAUUUCUGCCGGAAAGGCGUGGAGAGCAUCGUGGACGACGAGGUGACCAAGCGCUUCUCUGCAGAGGAGCUGGAGUCCUGGAACCUGCUGACCCGCAGCAACUACAACUUACAACACAUCAGCACCAGACUCACGGUGCUCUGGGGGGUUGGGGUGCUCAUCCGUUAUGGGUUUCUGCUGCCACUCAGGGUCACGCUUGCUUUCACUGGUGUCGGCUUACUUGUGGUUCUGACGUCAAUUGUUGGCUUGUUACCAAAUGGAAGGUUGAAGAGUUAUCUGAGUGAUAAGGUUAAUUUGAUGUGUUACCGCAUAUGUGUGCGAGCCCUAACUGCCAUCAUCACCUACCACGACAGAGAGAAUAAACCGAAAAAUGGAGGAAUCUGCGUGGCAAAUCACACGUCUCCUAUCGACGUUAUCAUUCUGGCCAGUGAUGGAUGCUAUGCUAUGGUGGGUCAGGUUCACGGUGGUCUCAUGGGAGUCAUUCAGAGGGCGAUGGUGAAGGCCUGUCCGCAUAUUUGGUUCGAGAGGUCUGAAGUCAAAGACAGACAUUUAGUAGCUAAACGGUUAAGUGACCAUGUCGCCGACAAAAGCAAGCUCCCUAUCCUCAUAUUCCCAGAGGGAACCUGCAUUAACAACACGUCAGUCAUGAUGUUUAAGAAGGGAAGCUUUGAGGUCGGCUGCACGGUUUACCCUGUGGCCAUAAAGUAUGACCCAAGGUUUGGUGAUGCGUUCUGGAACAGCAGUAAGUUUGGGAUGGUGAACUAUCUUCUUCACAUGAUGAGCAGCUGGGGCAUUGUGUGCAGCGUCUGGUACCUUCCACCAAUGAGCCGCAUGGAAGGGGAGGACGCAGUGCAGUUUGCCAACAGGGUAAAAGCUGCUAUUGCUAGAAAGGGAGGCCUGGCAGACUUGUUAUGGGAUGGUGGUCUGAAACGAGGGAAAGUCAAAGAAGUUUAUAAAGAGGAGCAACAGAAACUUUACAGUAAGGUUUUGGUGGGCAAUGGUGAAGAUGGCAGCAGCUCCUGAAAGGAUCUCAGCUGCACACUUGACUUUAAAUCAGCGCUCGCACUGAGAGACGAAACCUCUGCAGUCCCUACACUGGCUUCCUAAACCGAACUGUAUAACAGAACUAAAGAAGCAUGAGCCGGCGGGACGAAGUGUGUUGCCAGAUCCUCGGCUCACCGCUGCGCCUCAGGAGCUUUUUGCGUUAUUGCACGAUCAUCUCAGUGGCAUUAAAUCCAAGACCCAUUUCAGUUUGGAGUGACAGUUACACAUGACGUACUUUUGGUUUUCGCUUUCUUCACAGUCUGUUACCGUUUUGAAUAUUUGUGCUCUUUUACUGUAAUGCAUGAUUCCCCUGAGGAGAAAGAUUGGAGGGGUUUGAAGUGAUUUAUUUAAGCUUAUAAAAAAAUUGGAAGUAAAAGAGGACCCUAUGUGCGUAGAGCUUUAGUAUUGUUAGUCUGAAGAAUCAUGUGUUAAGUGUUUAGCUGCUCAGCGUUCACAUUCUCAUGGCAGCCUCUCAUAUGUGCUGUGUUUUUUUUAAUAAACCGUCAUUGUUCUUUUUAA